CUGGCUUUCCAAACUGUCACUUGGUGUUCAGCCAAUUUCAGCACAGCAGAGCACCUCUCUUCCUCUCUGUCUCUGUCUCUCCUUUUUUCUUUCCGUGUCUAGUGCUCCUUGUUUCUGCUUGCUGGUUGCUAGAACACCCAAGCCUUGCACUGAAGUCAGUGUUGAGAUUUUUGUAAUUUCUUUCAUGUACUGAGGCCCAGCUACCUGCUGCCCAGGACUUCAAUCGUUCAGUAGUUGUUGGAUAUCGAAAACAAGAAUACAGGAAUGUCUGAUGGUGGAUUCUGCGAAACGAGGUUAGUUGGUGAUGACGAUAUACAAAAAACCGGUCCUGUCAACCACCAAGGUCGAGAUGUUUCCCAAACAUCAUUGGACAGAGCUGAAGGACAACAUGUAUCUCUUGAUCUGACUGGAGGCGAUGAGGUGAAGGAUCACGGUAAAACAGCUGCUACUCCUCAGCCGAAACUCAAUCUUGUCCUAUGCCUUGCUGCAUUAGCAUCAUCAAUCGGCUCAGCUUGUCAAUUUGGUUACGCCAUUGGCAUGCUCAAUGUCAUUCGUCCUAUCAUCAUUUCCGAAUUUCAAGACAAUACAACAUGCAGUGUGGACUUCAACGCCAACGAAGAUUCCACAGCAGAAUCUAACACCAGUUUUCAGUGGGCCACUGCCGCCAUGUGUGUAGGAGGUCUGUUUGCAUCAAUUAUCGCUGGUCCACUCUCGGAUCGAUAUGGCCGUCGGACAGUGCUGUUAGGCAACAACCUCUUUGCAUUCAUCGGAGGCUUUAUGAUGGUGUUUGCACCGAGUUUUGAUAUUCUGAUAGUCGGUCGAGUGUUUCAAGGUAUUUCAGCUGGCAUUGGACUCGUAGUUAUUGCUAAUUACCUGGGUGAGAUUGGGCCCACGGCAUUACGGGGUACCAUGGGUGCCAGUGGGCAGGUUCUACUCUCAUUCUUUGUCUUCUUUGCUACACUGGUUGGCCUGCCACAACUGUUUGGUACAUGCAAGUUGUGGAGAGUUGUUCUCGGAGGACCUAUUCUGUUUGCUACCAUACAGCUAGCCGUGUUGCCAUUCUUCCCAGAAAGUCCAAGGUUUCUGUUUCUGACUAAGAAUGACCCGGAAGCAACCAGAGCUGCACUCUUAAAGCUACGUGACAAGGAUGCUAACGUUGAAGCGGAAAUAGAAGAACUUGUGGCAGAAAAGGCUGCUGGUAGCUUCGCUGUGAAUAUGUCUGCCUUGGAGGUAUUGACGAGCAGAAAUUUGCGAUCUCGCCUGUUCCUGAUUGCUAUAAUGCAUGCUUCACAGCAACUUUCAGGUAUCAAUGGUGUGUUUUUCUAUGGUUCUGCCAUUUACUCAUCAGCUGGCUUGAACAAUGUGGCUGUCAUCUCUCUCAUUCCUGGAAUUGCCGGCGUUGUCUUUACGUUUGUCUCCUUCAAGAUAGUUGACCGUUUAGGACGUCGGAAGAUGAUGAUCAUCGGCCUUGCUGGUCUCCUCUUUAGUCAUCUAUUGAUGACAGCUGGCUUUGGACUGAACAAGAGGUUCUUUGAUGGCGUGAAGGGUUCCAACUGGACGUCAGCGCUCACCAUAUCUGGCUCACUUGGUGUUGUCGUGUUCUUUUCGCUAGGACCCGGGCCAAUUCCCUGGCUGUCUGUGGUGGAGCUGUUCCCUCCCAGCUCCUUAGCCACCGGUUUCGUCAUUGCCGGUGUCACAAACUGGACUAUGAACUUUCUUGUUGGCCAGUUCUUUCUGCAAAUCCUUCUGGAGCUAGAUCCCUAUGGAUUCCUAGUGUUUGCUGGUUUGGCUGCGCUUUUCCUUGUAUCCAUUUUCUUCUUACUCCCGGAGACGAAGGGACUACCAAUUGAACAAGUUGAUUCCUAUUUUAGGCAAAAGGUUGCAAAAUCAUCUGGCUGUGCAAUUGUGAUUCCCGUUGGUGAUGGCAACAUUCGUGACCAUACUGCUGAAGCCUCAAGUAGGUCAGGCAUUACUACAGCGGCAAUGUCCGUGAAAGUGCAGGUCAUUGGAAAUAGCUCUACGAGUGACGAUCGCGUAGUUUUCCUGUCGGAAGACGACGACGACGAUGCUACUACAGAGAAAACCGGUCUGCUCUCAAGCCACUCACAGGGCAGCUCGCGGAAAGCGCAGUCGAGUGAGUCCUCCAUCAACUGGCGUUUGCUCGGUGCAACCCUAGCAGCUCUUAUUGGUUCGUCGGCACAAUUCGGCUAUGGCAUAGCUGUAUUGAAUAACGUGCGUCCGGUGAUCAUAUCAGACUUUCAAAGCAACACAACCUGUUCUCCAGACUAUGAUGUAGACAAUAAAGCCACAACGUCAUCAAGACGAAUGUUUGAGCUAGCAACUGCAGUAUUCUGUGUUGGAGGACUCUUUGGAUCUUUGGCUGGUGGCUGGCUGGCUGAUUUUGCUGGAAGGAAAUAUUCUCUACUCGUGAACAAUUUGUUUUCCAUUGCUGGAGUGCUCAUAAUGGCCUUUUCUUCCACAUAUAGCAUGCUGAUUGGAGGGCGAUUUGUGGAGGGCUUUUCGUCUGGUAUCGCCAUGGUUGUGGUGUCAGCGUAUAUCGGUGAGAUUGCUCCCACAUCUGUCCGCGGUGCUAUCGGCACACUGAAUCAGCUGACGAUCUCGACCUUCAUUUUGGUGUCGACAGCUCUGGGCCUGCCGUAUGUGCUGGGGUCAUGUUCACUUUGGUCGUGGGUUGUUGGCGGUCCGGUUGUGUUGGCUGUGUUACAGCUUAUCAGUCUACCGUUCUUCCCUCGCUCACCAAGAUAUUUAUACAUUGACAAGAACCAGCCGGAUGCAGCGGCCGAGGCCCUGCGUCGACUUCGACCGCCAGAGCACGACGUGGGUGAAGAGCUAGGUGAAAUGCGGAGCGAGAAAGAGAGACAAGACCGACUUCCGCGCAUAAACUUUCUUCAGGUUCUCCUUCACCGCAAAUUUCGAUUUCGCUUGAUGCUGACAGCUGUAUUGCACACGUCGCAGCAGUUCACUGGUAUCAAUGGUGUAUUCUACUACAGUUCAGCUAUUUACACUUCAGCUGGGUUGAGCCACGUGGCUUUGUUUGCUCUUUUACCGGCCGUACUGAAUGUUGCCUUUGUGAUUGUCUCGGUAAAGCUAAUGGACCGGUUGGGUCGUCGUAGCUUGAUGUUGACAGGUCUUGGUGGAAUGUGCUUUUCCUAUGUGAUUUUAACUGCUGGCUUGUGUUUCGAGGAUGGCUUCUUCGGUUCUUCGGACAGUUCACAGGCUUCUGGUGGUAACUGGACAGCUGUAUUUUCUAUCGCCGGCUCUCUUGGUGUAGUUGCUUUUUUCUCUAUUGGGCCUGGUCCUGUUCCGUGGAUGAUUGUCAACGAGCUGUUCCCGCAGAACACACGUGCCACUGCGUACGCGUUUGCAGGUGUGGUGAACUGGACAGCGAAUUACCUGAUCGGGCAGUUCUACUUGAGCAUACUGGAGAGCACGCACCCGUACGGAUUCAGCGUGUUUGCGGCAAUCAGUCUGCUUUACACUGUACUGAUAUACUACUUACAGCCAGAGACUAAGGGCAAGAAGAUCGAUGAGAUCGAUGCUUACUUUAUCAACCGGGUGAAUGAUGAUGAAGGUAUGGCAAAGGCAACAGCGGGUUUAGGCUGUUGUUUCAGUGCUGGCAAAGACACUGUAUCAUAGACAAGAAGACUGAGUCAUCGUAAUCUUACAUUUCACUAAUUUCUUAUAAGAAAUUCUUAAAAGUGGUACCUUUGGUGAAGAUUAUACUGGUGGGAAAGUUGGCUGCGUGCCCUAUGUUGGGAGCAACCAACCCUCUCAAAGUAUAUAUAUUUUCCUAUUCUUGUUGCAUUGCCAUUGGUUCUUGCAGCUUGUAGUGCUCUGGCAGCCUACUGACUUUUUUUAUUUAUGCAAUUAUGGAAAUAGAAUGUCUUUUGAGAAUUUUUUACUAAGAUUUUGCCCUUUAAAAAAAAGUAAUAUUGGCAAUUAACCAGUUUUUUUAAUGGUGCUGUGCAUCCUACUCUUAUCUGUCUUUUCUUGAUUUACAUUGAAAACAGUCACUCACAGUAACCACACCACCACCACCAACACUUUUUUGUUUUGUUUAUUUAAACGGAUGUAUGUGACAGGACGAUACUUGCUACUCGUUAUUGCAUGUUUGAACUAUUAGAUUUGAAGCCUACGAGUCAGUAAGAUGUUCUCGUGUCCCAAAUCCUCUUUUGUUACAAAGAUUGUUACAAAGAUUUAUUUAAACGUUCAGCCGGGACAACA